AUGGAAACCUCGACAUCGGACAGUUAUUUAAAUUCCCUCCCUCAUAACUUCACUAUUCCAGCACGAGAGCAACAUACGGCAACCGUGAUCUUCCUUCAUGGAUUGGGCGAUACAGGUAGAGACUUGAGCACGGCGUUGCGCACUCUCAUUGCGCACUCGGACCUGGGCCAUGUCAAGUUUGUCUUCCCCACUGCCCCACUGAUGCCCGUUACUGGUAUGAACGGAAGAGUCGUUCCAUCCUGGUUCGAUUGCUACUCCUUUGACAUCGCCACUCGACGCGAAGAUGAAAAGGGCCUCUUCAGAGCGGUGAAUUGGCUCAAUGAAUAUGUCGCCAUCGAGGAGAGGGAGCAUGGGAUACCCCCGAGCCGCGUAAUCAUCGGGGGAAUCAGCCAGGGCGGUGCUGUCGCCACUUUGACGACGAUCACAACCGAGAAACCCAUCGCCGGGUUCUUUGGGUUGAGCACAUACAUUCCGCUGAGGCAUCAGACGAUGAAGUACGCGACAUCACUCUCAAAGAAGGUCCCGAUGUUCUGGGGCCAUGGGAUAGAGGAUCUCCAGGUCGACCAUUCUAUCUGGAAGGGCUUAGUCGAAAUGUUUGCUGGAUUGAUGGGCAUUCCAUUCCAAAGUUUCGUCGGCGAUAAGUUAAACAGGAAGGAUCUUCAAGAAAAGGGUACUAAAGGGUUAAGAUUUUACUCAUACAUAAGACUUGGCCAUUGGGUCAACGACGAAGAGCUCGAAGAUUUGGCAACCUGGAUCUCCUUUCUUUUGCAUAAUUCUCCUGUCCUAGUUGAAUACCAUGUCCAUGAAUACCAUGUCCAAGAACGCCGAUUCUGGCCCCUCGCCCCUAUUCACGGUAACGCGUCAAUGAACAUCUCACGAAAUGUCACAUGUCAUGUGAUCUUAAAUUGUUCGUGGGCGUGGGCCACCGUCACGCUCCUCGACGCUGUGCGCAACAUUUGCCCACCUCCAAUGUCCAACGAAGAUGAUGAUUUAACAAGGGCUAUCCAACUCAGCCUCCAAGAGACUACACGCCAACCAGUGUUGAUUAACCUCGAUAGUGACGAAGACGAAGAUGAAGAAGACAGGCGCUUUCAAGAGGAGAUGAAGCUUGCCAUAGAAGCUUCAAAAGCGUCAUCAACGCGAAACGAGUCUCGGCCUCAGACUUCCAGUAGUGCACCAACAACACAACAGCCGAGUGGGACGUCUGUCGUCUCUGCUUUUCUAUCGGAGAGGGCUCAAUUGGAGAAGGAGCGACGCGAGAGACAGAAGCGGCUGAGACCCCAAGCGUACUUCUCUGUAGAGGAUGAAGAUAUGGAAGAUGCUGAGGAAGAGCCACCAGCCAAGAGGCAACAAUUUUCCUCCUCGAAAUCCUCCUAUGUGCGCCCUAACGGCUCCGUGCCCAGUGCCAACGGCAGUGGUUCGAAUGCAUUCAAUACUACCGCGUCAGUCCCGACUAUAGACCAAGUUUUUUGGGGCGGAGAACUUCGACAAACAGCCGCCCAACACGCUGAACCGCGGAAGGAUGGGCUUCCGACGUUUCGAUUGACAGAGGUGCUGGGCAAGAAAUCAGAAUUAGAAUUCGCGAUUCUGUCCUCGUAUUCGCUAGAUUGGUCGUGGAUAUACGAGUUUUUUGAUCGGUCUGUUCCCGUUAUUAUGGUCGCCCAGCCUGAUGCAUCCGGAGAAGCAACUAUCAAGAACGUACUGCCCAACUGGGUCAGAACAACGCCUUAUUUGCGUGCUGGUUUCGGUUGUCAACACAUGAAAUUUAUGCUAUUGUUCUACAAGUCAGGCCGACUUCGUGUAGUCAUUUCUACCGCCAAUCUUAUAGCGUAUGACUGGCGUGAUAUGGAGAAUUCAGUUUGGCUGCAAGACGUUCCUCUCCGCUCGAAGCCAGUCCAGCAUGAUCCCAAGGCCGAUGAUUUCCCCGCGGUGUUGCAGCAUAUGUUGCACGCCGUCAAUGUUAUGCCUGCUCUCGCCGCGAUGAUAAGUGAUAAUCAUCCGAACCUAUCUAUAAAGUCCAUCGACGAACUACGUCAGAGAUGGGACUGGUCUAAUGUCAGGGCACACUUAGUCGCUUCCAUUGCCGGGAAGCACGAAGGGUGGCCCAAAGUAAUUCAGUUUGGACACCCGCGACUUAUGUCUGUAAUCCGAAAAAUCGGGAUGCGUACGGGAACGGCCAAGACUGCGAAAAACCUUAUGCUCGAGUGUCAGGGGUCUAGCCUUGGUGCUUAUACCACCCAAUGGCUGAACGAGUUCCACUGGUCCGCGAGGGGCGAGAGCGCUGAAGACUGGCUCGACAAGAGCAAAAAGUCUCGCGAAAAGCUGCCAUACCCGUCUAUCAAAGUAAUAUUUCCAUCGAAAGCUACUGUUCAGCAGAGCUACGCAGGUGAACAGGGUGGCGGCACCAUCUUCUGUCGUCGAAAGCAAUGGGGAGCAAAGAACUUUCCUCGAAGUCACUUCUAUGAUUCCAAGAGUAAGGGCGGUCCUGUCUUGAUGCAUUCCAAGACGAUCAUUGGAAUGUUGGAGGAGAACGUCUUCACCGGUCGACAUACUCAGGGGGAGCCGUCCGACACUGAGGAUGACACAGAUGAUGACAUCGAAGUCAUCGAACCGGCUGCAGGAUGGGCAUACGUCGGUUCCCAUAAUUUUACACCGUCGGCGUGGGGAACGCUGUCGGGAUCAUCGUUUAGUCCAACUUUGAACAUUUCCAAUUAUGAAGUCGGCGUCGUUUUCUUACUCAAAGACUCCAAGGAAGCGGAUCGCGUGGCAUGUUUUCAGAGACCGCCCAGAAAGUAUACAUCGACUGAUGAGCCAUGGAUACAGGAAGAGUCUGCCUAUCAUCAAAACGAAUAG